CGGUGUUGUGAAACGGUCGUGUCGCCCACGGUUUUCGAACUAAGGCAUUUCGUUAUCAUAAAAAUUCAGCACAACUUUAUAUUUUUAUCACUUGUGGUGUUUAAAACAACUUCUUUAUUAUAAGGUGUUUGCGGUAAUGGCCAGUGUCAUUCUACUGAAAAAUCAGUUAAAAUGAAUUCUGUGUGGUUUUAUCACGUUAAUUAAAUAGUGUUGUAUGCUAAUAGUGAUCAAGAACUUAUAUCGUGGAAUGUGAAUUCAGCGAAUCUGAGGAGUUUGGCUCAGGCUUAAAAUAGAACUUUGUUAACAUCAAACGCUAUGAAAUAGAGUAGCCGAAUAAUAGGAAAAUGUAUGCAUGCUGUAGGAAUUAAAGUUACGAAGAUGACGAGUUUCAAUGUUUUGCUGUUUAUAUGUGUGACUGGGUUAAUCUCGGUUACGACAACAAACGCAGAUAACUGCACAGAUUUUCACCCCAAUGGCCCAAAAAUAACUCCAUGUAAGAGUGAAUUUAUAUUGCACAAGGGACAAAAUUUUUCACUCACAUGCAGAGGAAAAAAUCCGCUUGAAUUCAAACAACAAGAAACACCGGAAGAAUUACCUAAAAACAAACCAAUAAAAACGAUGAGACAGACAUCCGAUUCCGAGUACCCUUUUGAGACAAUUAUAAACAUAUAUAACGUCGACGAAUACGCUAUAGGCUAUUAUGCAUGUUUUGAUGAUGUAAAAACAAACUUUACCUUAAAUAAUCUCAUAGAAGAGCCGAGAAACACUGAGAACGCUUCUUUUAUUUACAUUUACGUUGAGGGAUCAGAUAGUCUGAUUGCACCGAUGAGAGAAAUUGUUGUACCAAGAGACUGUUCUAAGAUUGUAAUAGAAUGUAGACCGACAACACCAGACGUCAAUGUCACACUUUCAUCGCCUACGAGUAGAGAGAAUCAAGAAUCCAUAAAAUACUAUCCAAAGAUUGGAUUUGUAAUGAGUUCGUGUGGUAGGUCUGGUUUCAAUUGCACCGGACAACGUGGAAAUCAAUCUAAGUGGAAACUCAUACGUAAUAUUAAAAAACCUCCAAAACCAAAAGUUGCAGGUGGACAUAAACAAUUUUUAGAAGGUGAAACAUUUACAAUACACUGUCGUGUACCAAAUGAUGGAUUAAUUAAUUUCAAAUGGAAGUAUCCUCCUGAAGUUACCAAUGACUCAGUGGAAGUAUCUGUGGUCAAGACUGAAGCUACGACUACUGGUUCAAUAGUUUAUCAGAAUAUUACUAUCCGAAAUGCUACCAAGAAACACAAUGGAGUAUACACCUGCCUUUUAACGAAUACUUGUGGAGAGGAGAAAGAUGAGUUCAGGAAAAUAUUUUUAGAAACACCUUUUUUAUCGCUGAGAGAUCUAGCGAAAGGUAAACUUAUGGGAAAUGCAAAUAGAUCCAUUAAUAUUGUCAUUGAGAUUGAAGCGUAUCCCCCAGUUGAAAGGACACAUUUCUUAAAAAACGAUAAAUAUUUACCAUCAAAUGAUUUGAAAUACAACGUAACCACAUUAGCUAAUGGAGAUCCUAAACUUCGUAUUAACGAUUUGAAACUGACCGACAUUGCCAACUAUACUUUAGUAGCGGAGAAUAAAUACUUGACGAAGAAUUAUACCGUGGAUCUUAGAGUUUUCACAAAACCUGAAGCUAAACUGUUAAAUAACAGGAUCAUUAAACGUCUCGAGAAUUCAGAGAUGAACUUUGCGUGCAAAGUUACAGGUUAUCCUUUACCAGACGUAACCUGGAUUUUUUCUAAUGACGAGGAGCAUGAACUGUCAUCCACGAAAUCAGAGCAAGAGUCUUUGUAUGCGAAAACGGAUUAUCUCAAAAUAUCAGUGCAAGCUUCUGGUGUCAUAACUUGUAAUGCACACAACUCCAAGGGGGAAUAUUUUGACAGCAGCACACUUUUAGUUUAUGAAAUAAACAAUGGAUUUGGUAUAUUACAGCCAUUAGAAAAUUGGUAUUCAGAAAAAGACAGUGCCAGAAAGAAAUGCUUGGCUUCGGUUUACGAUUAUGAUAAUGUUUCUUGGUUGGGAAGCGACGGUAAUAUAUUGGAUGACAUAGUUGAAUAUUCAAACAGCACAUUUUCGCAUAUAGCUACGUUAACAUUAGAUCCAAUUUCAAUGGAGCACACAGGCACUUAUAUAUGUCGAGGUUUAAGGAAGAACUCCACAGAGGCAGACUUUCAAAAUAUAACAAUAACGGUUGCGGAGUUGUUGGCGCCAAUAAUCAGAGAACCGGAUUCCAAUAAAGAUGAAGAAGCAAUGGAGGGUCGUUCAAUACAAUUGCAUUGUGAAGCUGAAGGUGUUCCUCGACCAACAAUCUAUUGGUAUAAGGAUGACGAACUCAUUUCUAAUAAUUCUGGAUACAAAUUAUUUGUUGACAUAGUAAACCACACGAUUGUAAAUUCGACAUUUGAAAUUGAAAAUAUGCAGGAAAAAGACAACGGAAUAUAUGAAUGUGUGGCUUUGAAUAAUGCUAGUGAAUUAAGAAGAGCUUACACACUCGUACUUAAAGCCGAGAAAUCCUACACACCCUAUGUUAUUGUCACCGCGGUGAUUAUUUUAGUACUCCUCGGUAUGGUGGCGUAUCUAUUUACGUGGAAAUUGAAAAAACAAAGGGAAUUGACUAAAGCGGGUCUUUUAAAUUUCAAAAGUGGUAAUAAGAAAUCAUUCAAUCCCAAUUUGGGAAUUGAUGAACAAGCAGAUCUAUUACCUUACGAUGAAAAAUUCGAGUUUCCCCGCGAAAAAUUAACAUUUGGGAAGCAAUUAGGUGCUGGUGCAUUCGGCGUAGUCUAUAAAGCCGAAGCUCGUGGUAUAAUCAAUGCUGAAGUAACAACUCCAGUCGCCGUGAAGAUGGUGAAAAGAACCGCAGAUAACAUGUAUAUCAAAGCCUUAGCAUCGGAACUCAAGAUAAUGGUGCAUCUCGGAAAACACGUCAACAUCGUGAAUUUACUGGGAGCCUGUACGAAACAUAUUGCGAAGCGCGAAUUGAUAGUUAUAGUAGAAUAUUGCAAAUACGGAAACAUCCACAACUACAUGCAGAAGCACAGAGAAGUGUUUAUAGAUCAGCUAACUGAUAACGCAGAAAAGAAUCUCGGGAAAAUCAAUAAAGGAUUCCUCAACAGCGUCGGUACCACGGGAACACAUUCGGAUUACUUCAGCUCUGGAAACACAAAAGAUACUGAUCAUUCAUUGCUAGAUUCCGGGAAUUCAAAGAGAUCUGGUAGGAAAGUUUCGGAAGGGUACAUCCAGCAGGAGUGGCAAACUAAAUAUGAAGGCGACUACAUCUAUGAGUGUCACCAGCCACGGCCGCUUACAUCAGGUCACCUGCUUGGCUGGGCUUUCCAAAUAGCACGAGGAAUGGAAUAUCUUGCUAACAGAAAGGUUCUUCAUGGAGAUUUGGCGGCAAGAAAUGUUUUGUUAGCCGAUGAUAACGUAGUCAAGAUAUGUGACUUCGGACUCGCAAGAAGUAUGUACAAUAACGAAGAAUAUCAAAAGAAGGAAAACAGCCCUCUACCGGUGAAAUGGUUAGCCAUCGAAUGUAUGGUUGACAGGAUAUUUUCGACCCAAUCCGAUGUUUGGUCCUACGGAAUCGUGCUUUGGGAGAUGUUUUCUUUAGCAAAGACUCCGUACCCUAACAUAAGUCCCACUGACUUACUGCGUUGGCUCUCUGAUGGUAAUCGAUUGGAGAAACCACCAUUUGCGGAUGAUCGUCUCUACAACGUCAUGCUACGAUGUUGGCAUCAGAAGCCCACCGCGCGACCUUCGUUUACAGAGCUGCAGGAAAUAUUAGGAAACUUCCUUGAAGACAACGAACGCAACCGCUACGUUGAUCUGAACGCGCCGUACAAUGAAAUGAACGCCGAACUCAUGACCGGGGAGGACUAUCUCGCGAUGGUUUGUGCACCGGAUUACAACAACAUCGUAACACCGAGCCCCAACUACGUCAAUAUGGCAAAGAGUUUCUUCCCGGCUACACCCACUCCUAAAGAUCAAGAAGGCUAUUUACCAAUGAGCCCUACAUCGGAUCAAACGAAAUACAUGGCUCACGGAACUAAGUUCGACUUCGAUUCUAGAAAGCUCAAUCCUAGAGUAUCGGAAGCUAGUAACGUUGGUUCAGUAAUAACCCCCCUGUUAGAUUUAAACAACCUUCCAGCGAGAAGCGGAUCAGAAUCAGAUCAUGAAAACAAUGCCUCGACGUACCUUGACAAAUGUAUUGACGACAAAAAAUCUGACGAAGUAUUUGAAAUGAAACAAACAAACACGAAAAAUCCACAGGACAAUAGUGCAGUGACGAAUCCUACAUAUUAUACAUUCGACGUUGAAAACGAGAAGAAGCCAAAAGAAAUAACUAACCCUUAUGUUAAUUUUGCCAACGGCUCGACUGUUCACUUAAAAUAGACGCAUUGCUUUCCUAAUCUGUUACACUUAAGUUCGUUUGGAUCUCCAUGCUUAAAUUUUUCUGUUCAUCUCUAUUUAACUCCAACUAUUCUAUUGAUUAAGUAAUUGAUGCUUUUUUGUGUGUAUUGUGUAUGUAUGCAUGGAUGUGUGUGCGUGUGUUAGUCUUAAGAAAGUAGACCUCGGUUCACAUGACGGUGUACUGUAUUAUUUAUGGCAGUAGGUAAUAUGUAUUUAUUUUAUAGAAAUAGAGUGGCAUUUAAACUGUGUAUAUAACAAUACUUUUGUAAAAUUGUACACAGAUAAAUAUGUAUUUGAUUGCCAAAACUAUUUUUACAGCAUAAACGCACAGUAGGUAUAGGAUCGUUUGAAUUCACUUGCUUACACACUUGUGGCUCGUAUGGACUACUGAACCACAGCGUCACCUGUCGUCGUGACUGUAAUCUGUGUCGACGCGACGUUUCCAUAUCGUUGACACGCCGCAACUGCGUCGCUACUGUGUUGUAUCCAUUGCUGGUCGACCGUUUACAGUUUGCUAUAUAGUAUAACUAAUUUUAAGCGAAUGUCUUGAUUCAUUCGUAGAUAAUUAUGCUAAAUAUUAUUAUAUAAUCACUCAAAUUAUCGUAUGAGUCGACUAUUAUCAAAGCCGGCAAUGUGACUUUUGAACAAUUAUUGGUAAAUCA